AUGAACCAUGUUGUGGCUUGGUUGAACGCGAUAUCGACGAUGAUCUUCCACCGACGGGACAACAAUAAGCCGCCUUUACGGGCUGACCCUGCCGCAACGCUGAAGCAUCAUUCGGACCAAAUGUCCGGAAGGCUGAGAAGAGCCCCUGAGGCUGCCCCUAUCCUCCUGCCCCUGGAAGUUCUUGAUUUUCUAGUGAAGCAUCUCGACGACUUCAGAAACCCAGCAGUCAAGCUAUACCUCGAUCAAGCGCCUAAAGAAAUCGACUACGCUUAG